CCGGGGUGGGUAGCCCGUGGCAGCACGCAGCAGCCAGCUAGGCUAUUAUAUUAGCAAACGUGUUUGUGCUGCGCCUCCGCGAGCAGGCUCGACUCCAGCGGGUUGGCGUGUGGUCCUGGGCGGCGUCGACGUCGUCCUCUCAUUCCGGGCUCUACCUCGUGCAGCGGUCCGGUCUGUGCGGUGAGGAGCUGUGGCCCAGCUCGGCGAGGCUGUCUCCGGUGCGAUGUGAAAGCCGUGUCGGUUCACACACGUACGCUUGCUCACCUGGCGAGGCUCGGAUAUUGUUGCGGACCGAUGGCGUCCAGGUGCGCGCCGACGCCCGUUUCGUUCCGCGGAGCUGCGCGUGACGCUCUGAGAGCGUGAUACAGCAUGUGAGUCUGAAUCUUCCACGAGCCAUCGCGGUCGAGGCCAAUGCAGCACCAGAUCGUGGACUCGUCGGUCGCGCUGGCCAGGAUGGAAACCGGCCGCCCCGUGGCCUCGCGGAGCGCGUGCCAAACCGGACCAGGCGCUAGGGAGAGGCUCGCGCAGCAGAUGGGUUCCCGUGCGCACCUGGAGGGGUGCGUGCCACUGGCGCACCAGGUGGCCGGGCACAAGUAUGGAGUUGACCAAGUAGGUAUACUUCAGCAUCCCGAUGGCACAGUCCUGAAGCAGCUCCAGCCCCCUCCCAGAGGACCCAGGGAAAUGCAGUUCUACACCAUGGUAUAUGCUGAAGACUGCCAGGACCCCUGUCUUCUGCAGCUGCAACAACAUCUGCCCAAGUACUUCGGGACCUGGUGUUCUCCUGACAGCCCCACAGAGCUGUAUCUGAAGCUGGAGGAUGUGACGCGCCAAUUCCAGAAGCCCUGCAUCAUGGACGUGAAGAUUGGCCAGCGGAGCUAUGACCCCUUUGCCUCGCAGGAGAAACGGGAGCAGCAGAUCAGGAAGUACCCGCUGAUGGAGGACAUUGGCUUCUUGGUGCUUGGGAUGAGGGUGUACAAUGUCGGCUUGGACAGCUUUGAUACAUAUGAUCAGCAUUAUGGAAGAAGUCUUGUGAAGGACACCAUCAAAGACGGACUGUCCAGAUUCUUCUACAACGGAGAAGUCCUCCGCAAAGACGCCAUCACUGCCAGCAUCGCCAAGGUGCAGAAGAUUCUCCAGUGGUUCGAGGGCCAGAGGCAGCUGAACUUUUUCGCAAGCUCCCUACUCUUCGUGUACGAUGGCGACUGUUCCGCCGGCUCCCCUGCCCCAGCCGUGCAGGAGAUGCCCGAGGACGUGCUGGAGUACAACAACAACGAAAUCGACCAGAGUCUCUCCAGCAUGUACUCGCUACACACCAAAGGCUGUGGGCGGAGCCACCACCGGGCUGAGCGAGGCAACGGUGGCUGGGCGCCUGCUGCCCACCAACCAAACGGCAACCACACCGACCACCCUGAGCCGGAAGAUAGGGGGCAGGAGGAGGCGGGGCAGGUGGGGAGGGUGGCCUCAGCCGCACCGGCCCAGGUGGAGGUGAAGAUGAUCGACUUCGCUCACGUGUUCCCCAGUGAGGUCGCAGACCUUGGCUACGUCUACGGCCUCAGGAAUCUUCUGAUGGUGCUUCAGCAGGUUCUUGAGGACCCGAGGGCUCUCCUCCAGGCUCCAUCUGUAGCGACGCUUACAUAAACGUCCAUAAGGGGGCGAUGUGGCUCCACUCAAGCCACUCUGCCUCUAGGCCCCGUGUUCUGCGUCGCCUGUGGUAACGGUGAAGUCACCUGCUCAAUCACCUAGGUCUUACCCAUGUGCUUGGUUCAUUUUAACAGCUGCAUGCAGUUCUGUGUUUUACUCAGGUAAACUGUUUCCAUCCUCAUGUAUUCAAAUGAUACUUCACACACUUAGUCUUAACACUCAGCCUGGUUUGCAGCUGUACACAUUAGCUUGUUUUUUCAGAGACAUGAAACAAGGUAAUUGUUGAUUUUUUUUUCAUUUUAUUUUUCAGUAGACUUUGUGGCUUUGUUAGGUAAACAUGAGGAUUUACAAGUACAUAUUUGACAAUAUUCGCUGCCAAACAACCCCUGUCUGUGGUUUUGCAACCUUUCGAUGGUAUGUUUUGUGAUUUUUAAACAUGACAACCUACAUGUGAAUGAUCUAAACCUACAUACAUUUUCCAGUGUAAAUAUAUUACUUAUGCUUUGUGAUAACUGAUGCAAUAUGCCAAUGUGAUGAAAAUGACAACUGAUUCCAAUGAGACUGGAAGAGACAUUGAGUUUUGUUCUCUCAGUCGAUGGUUCCUGUAAUCACCAUCAAACGCCUGCAUAUCCUGAUGGUAUGCCAGGUAAUUCUGAAAAAUGAGGGUGUUAAGAAGGUCUAUUACUAACACAUGUUUGUUUGGUUCUCAUUUCCCUGGUCUGGGAGGGUGUUUUAAUAAUGCUGCAUCAGCUGGGAAAAGUGUCUUUCUCAUUUUUUCAAUGUUACUGGGCAGAAUGAAGCUACAUUUUGAGUACAUCAAUAGUAUGGAUUUCAGUAAGGAAGCAAAUGUUAACAUGAGAUAUUGACCGUAAUCAUAAAGCCAUAGACUAAAAACAGGAGGAAAAAGCACUUGGAAAGUAAAGGUUUUAAUCUCAAAAUCAAGUUGAGGAUUUUCUCAUAAAUUUCAUCUGCCCUUUACCCUCAUUAGUCAGUGGAUACACGCUUGUUAAUGUCAUUUCAGUUUGUAGUCUUGUCCAUCUUUUGUACUUGUGUAUGUUAUUUAUUAGCACUAACUUUGCAUUAUAAUUAUUUUAGUAAGCUUUUUGGGUUAUUGUUUGUUUUCCUUUUUUAAAAGAUUCUGGGGCAUUAUAAGAUUUUUCAUCUCAUUGUUUUGUCACCUAUAGGUGCAUACUCACCCUACGUUCAGAUGAGCUUAAACGUCGGUGGAAUUUAUUACACAUCUGUACUAAGUAGUUCUUACUUUACUCUGAAUCUGUUGCAGCAUUUCAGGAAGAUGUUGUGUUUUUAAUGCAUUGCCUUUCAUGUUUCGCUAUAGCAUUUGCGUGGUAUGUCUUAUGAAGCAUCAUGUGUUUGGUCGUAGCGUGAUGUGAUGUGUGUCUUUUGACCUCGGCUUGCGCUGAAAGUCUGCCACUGGGCUCAACACAUAUGAAAUUCUGUUUUAACGUUCCUGUUCAGUUGAGGCCUUUGAAGAUGUUGGCUCACUGUUUGUCCACACCGAAGGAAGCCCAGCACUGAUGGCAACGGCAACAAAAAAAGAAUCUCACUUUCAUGUCUUUGGGCAAAAAGUCAAAACUACCUGCGUGUCUGAUUCUCAGGAACAUGGUAAUGUUUAAGGGGACGCCAAAGCGCUUGAUAAAAUAUCAGUGUAUGCAAGAACUGGAAACAAACAGGAUUUUAGAUACUGCAUUUAUCUUACAGCUCUCAGCCAGUUGAAGCCAAUUACAGCCAGGGGUUGUUCAUUAGCACGGUCAGUUAGCGUGGACACCUGGUGACGUUCUGUAUAUGUUUGCGCUGGUUAGCGAUGUAGUGGCAUUGUUUUGCCAUGAAGACUAAUGGUUCUUUCUCAUUUGUACACUGAAGAAAGUUGAAAUACUGUAUGAUGCACAGCCAUUCUGCUGUGAACUAAGCCAGUCUUCUUUAAUUUGCUUUGGAUCAUUUUAGUGUUUGAUCUUUUCUUUCAUGUGCUUUUUUUGUUUGUUUGUUUGUUUUUUUGGUUUGUUUGUAAUUACACCUGAGAGUUGUGCUUCUGUCAAGGCACUUUAAUGAUUUGCUUGUCUGGAUUUUAUCCCAGGAACAGAUGAAUUUGAAGUAACAGUAAAGGAAUCUUAUACUUUUAAAUAUCUCUUAAAAAGAUUGUAUAAAAUUCUCAUUUAUUCGCCUGGUCAAGUGGUUUUGAUAUCAUUUUUCCCCUAUGGCACAUAAGGCUUUUUUGUUGUUCUUACUAACAGUCAGGGUAAUUUUGAAUAUGAUGGGAUAUGUAAAGUAUCCUUAAACCUGUCUCUCCUGGAAUAUUCAGGCUAUUUUCAGCAUGAGCUGACUGAAUAUGUCAAAUGCUCAAAGGUAUCUAAGUAAUUGUACCUGUGAAGCAAUGAAGCAACAGGGUUGUGCAAAGAAAGAAAGAUCCAGUAGCCAUUCUGUCUGGAUGACCCUGCGGGGUUUGGGUUGUUUACUGGACUGAUCAGUGAGCUGUAAAAAGCCCCUGCCCCCUUUAACCCUGUACACAACUGCAGCUUUUGUCAAAUUAGAUAUGUAACAACAUAUAGCAGUAAACAAUAACAGAUUCAUGAUAUUGGGUGUAUAUUUGGCAAACUUCAUUAUUAAUAAAAUCUGCUAUUACUGAA